AUAAGAAAAUGUGUUGCUCUUAGUGGCCAAAGCCAAAAUGAGUUAUUUCGAUAUUGAAAUGGGUCCGUUGGCAUUUGCCAUAGUAAUUGUGCCCAUUUCUGUCGCCACUAUCCUGAUCAACGUGUUUUUUAUCUGCUGUAUGUUUUCUUCACAGGAAGGACCAGAAAAUCUACAAAAGCAACCCCUUUACGUUUUACUCGGAUCGCUUAUCGCGUGCAACUUCAUGCUUAACAUUUUUAACCUUUUGUUUGUUAUGUAUGACACUGUUGAUGUGCCUCUAUGGCUAUAUGCUAUUUCAGCUGCAUCUACACUUUAUGCCAUGAGGACAAGUUUUACUUCAUCUCUUGGGCUGAAUGUAUUUUACUACUUUCAGAUUGUUCCUGCCCAGCAUCCUUUUUUGAUCUGGGUGAAGACUCACAUAAAACUCUUUAUGUAUUUGAUGUUGUUUUCUGACAGAAUCUUCUUUUUAUUUGGAUUCAUUAUGCGUGUUCUCCCAAUAAGUGUUUUCAUUUCUGAAGUGGACUUGAAUUCAUCCAGUGUUGCCUUGAACGUCACCAGUGGAGGCUUUGAAGUCCUAAAUGAUCUGAUACUGACAGACUUUGGCCUUAGAUGUUUCUAUUUUUUGGUUUGUCUUGGCGUCAUGGUGGCAUCAAACACCUCCACUGUUCUCUAUCUAUGGAGACAUGUGAAGAGGAUGGAGGACUCAAGUUCUUCAUCUGCUCUUCAUUACCAGAAGCAGAAGCGAGUGGCUAUAUUGAGCAUCAUACAAACUUUGCUUUUCUUUUUCUCCUCAGCUUGGCUAAUGACAUAUGAAGUCAUAAUUCGUUUGAAUGUAUAUUAUUUUGAUCUAAGUGGUCAUAUACUUUUUUCUGUUGUGGGCUUUUACUCUUUUGGUACAACCAUCAUUUUAGGGGUUGGACAGACAAAAUUCAGAGUUCGAGCUGUAGAGAUUGGGAAAAAAUUGGUCAGACUAUCUCACAAAGUAACCUCAAUGUGGUUACUUUGUAAUACAAAUGGUUAAAUGCUCACAUUUAAAUAUCAAACUAAAAACAAAUGUAUGUAAUUUAGGGUCAGAUAUAAAAAAACUGAGAACUUAUAGAAACAGAAAUAGUUACUACAUUUGUUUUAUCUUGAGAUUAUUUGCUGCCAUUUGCAAACCUGAAUAUUUCAAAGAGAUUCAGUCAUUUUACAAAUCUUUCACAUAUGGGUAUAUUUAGCAGAAUCAUGUUUUCCUUUAAUGUUUGCUUGUGUUUGGUAUUUCUUACUAAAUGUUUAUUGUGAUGUGGUGAUUACUAUGAUUAGUAUGAUUUCUUUAUUAAGACUAUCAUGUGUAUUGAAAAAAAUGUUUUACUGCUAAAAAUUGUUUAACAUUCAAACCCUUCAUCUCUGUGGAUUGUAUGAGUACAUUAAGAUUUUUUCCGUUGUCAGACACUUAACAAAAUAUUGCAUUUUUCUUUCUAUACUCAAAAAUAUUGCCAUAUACUGUAUAUGUGUGUGUUUUAAAUAUAUUUCAACUCAGAUUACUAUUAUUAAACUUUAUAUAUUAAACUUUCA